AUGGUUGUGACUAGAAGAUCAUCAGCUCAACACGUUGAUGUUGAACUCAGUACCAACGGGAAAGAGUUGAAAAAAGUUGUUCCCAUCCCUGAGCAACGAGCAGCAAUGGAAAAACAACAACAACAACAACAACAAGAUGCACCAACUACCUCAUCUAGAAGAAGCAGCAGACAACAACAACAGCAGCAGCAACAGCAGUCGUCGUCAACGUCGUCGGUAUCGUCGGUCUCUGCUUCCUCUUCCAAGGACGAGGAGCCGGCUCAGGUCAAACCAGUUAAAAAGGAGACAAGAGGCCGAAAGAAGAAGGUGCAAGUUGACGCGAACGACGGUGCAAAGGCACCAACUCAGAAUUCUGGAGGUGUGGUCGACUUGGGUGGCCAUGAGGUUCAAGCUGUUGCUUCGGAGAAGCAACAGCCCGCUGAGACAACCAAGAAAGUGGAAACCAGAGGACGCAAAAGGAAACAUGCUGAUACCAGAAACAAUCCAGAUCAGGAUGCACAUCUCACAUCUCAAGCUGCAAAUGUUGGCUCAAAUAAUGGAGUUGGGGGGUUUCCCGCUAAUAGCAGGGGUGGCACCAACACACAAAAUACUGCUGGUACUCGUUCUUCGUCAUCAUCGGCAACAACAACUACAACUACAACUACAACCACAACCACUACCAGAAACGUUAAUCAUAACAGCAGUAAUUCUGGUGGUGCUGUUAAUGCUGCUGCUGCUGCUGCUGCCAUGGGCUUGAACAGCGUCAACAAGCACAACAUCAACCACUUAUUGACCAAUGACUCGCCUCCAUCUUUAAAUGUUUUCGCUCCUCAGCACCCUGGUGCCGGUGCCAACAAUAGUUAUGAAAGAAGUACUUCACCUGGUAUGGCUGGGUACCAACACCCUCAACAACAUCUUCAACAAAACCACUCGUCCCACUUGCACCAACAACAACAACAACAUCAACUCCAUUAUCAUCAACAACAACAACAACAGCAACAGCAACAACAACAUCCACAGCAUCCAUCGAUUCAGCAGAUGUCUUCUCAUCCUAAUCCAUAUACAGCCCCUGUUCAGCCUGUCUUACCACCACGCAUUACUAGUGGAGCACAAGGUCAAGGUCAAGGUCAAAACCAAGUGCAAGGACAAGGACAGGGACAAGGACAAGGUCGUAUUCCUAUUACAUCGAUUAUAUCUCAAAAGAUUGAUGCAGCCGAUAUUCCCUUGAUGAUGGAAGAAGAUGAAGAUGAAGACGACCUCAUUGGUGGUGCCGAUGAUAGAAAGACCAAGAGAAGAUAUCGCGUGGACAAGGACAACAUCAAAAUCAACAAGAGAAUCAUGUCGCAAGAUACCGAGGAUGUCAUCAAGAUGUUUAAGAAAUUCGAUGACGAGAUUUUAACUCAUCCUGAAGCAAAACAGAGACUAUUGUCACUCGGCUUUGAAACAAGGAAAAGAUACAUUACAACUUUUAAACAUUACAUUAGAUUCUGCUGCAGAAAGAAAUUAUCCAAUUUCUUUGUUACUGGAGAGUUGAUGAAGGAGUUUUAUCAAGAACAAUUUGCCAAUAGCUCAUCAGCCAAACCAGUUAUCAGGUUGAGAAAAAUGGACCCGGCUUUUUCCAAAUUGCAGGAAAUCAAUUUCUUAGUUUACCAUUUGGAGAAUAAAGAAAUCCCCAAUAGACACAUUGCUUUGGAAUAUUUGGUGUACAAGGAGAUUGGCAAAGACACGCUGUCGUCUGAAUCUCCCAUCGACGAUUCCUCGUCGAAUGAAUCCAACUCAAAGAAAAAGAGAAGAAUGGUCAAGAAAAUCUACAAGGCUCAACAGCUUUCCGGGAUGCCAAAAACACCUGUCGAGCAGGGCGCAGGCGAAGACUCCAUCGAUGAAAGCGUUAAUCAGUUCCAAGCUGGUGCUGUAUAUCCUCCUCAAUCCUCAGUGAUGUCUUCCUCUGCUCCUGCCGCUGCUGCUAUCUCUUCACAACCACAAUCAAGAGUCCACCAAGUACCACAAUUUCAAUCAAGUUACUCGCCAGACCAGCAACACGAACAAAUUCAACAACAACAACAACCAACACUUGCGCAUCCGCCUACUUCAACAACACAUCCCGAAGAAGCACCCAUCUACACCAAAAAAAUCACCAAAAAGAAUGUUGAAGAAAUUCGUAAAUCUUUUGCUUUACUUCGUGAUGAAAUCCGUUACACUUUGCAAAAGACCGUGUCUGUUGAUCCAGCGUUUGUGUCAAGUUUAUCUCAACGUAUCAAUAGUUCAUUGGACAGGUUUGAAUUGGAACUCAACGGUCCUCCACCUGUACGUCAGCAACAACAACAACUGGAAUCCGGUGUUCCAAUUUUCGAUCUCAAUCACGAAAUCUUUACUGUCUACGAGAUGGUUGAAGAGUGGUACAAGACAGAACCACCGAUUGCUCAACGUUUACAACAAUAUGGUGAAGGGUGGAUCCGUGACGAAAUCGACCACAACACAUUUAUUGAAAGAAAAUCCAUCGUGGGAUUUGUUGAAAGAUUGGCCAAGGAAGUCGGCACCGACAUAUUUGUCAUGGCUAACGACUGUGAUAGGUACAUUCGCGAUAAGCUGAUCUUGGACGAGUUUAUCAGUGAGAUUGAGUUGGACGUGGAGGACUUGUUCAAACGUAUCAUUAGACACAGACAAAAGAGACGCGGAUGA